AUGAAGACAGCCACAAAUGGUUUCAAUAUUCAACUCUCAAAGCUUUGGAGAAGAAAAGUGGGUUCCUGGGAUAUUUUUAUUGCCCAUGGAUUAAGGCAGCCAUUAUACUUUGCCAAUGUCUAUGAUGAUGUGAUCGAACAUGAUUAUUAUAAGGCUGGAAAUCUCGACUAUCGGAGAAGACGGGACGAUUUCUUCAAUUUGGAGAUCCGUAAACCAGAACUAGAAGCACUGCAAAGAAAACUUGACGACUUAAAAAUGUUUGAAAAGCAAUGUGAGGAGCUUGGGAUACAGCGAACAAUACCCAAUCCGAUAUCAGACACCAAUGAGUGCCCGACUUCCAGUCCAGAAACCAAACUCAACCAACCACAGGCGCCCUAUCCAAUAUCCUGCCUCAAAAACUUCGGAGUACAGCUUUAUGAAGAAUUUCAUACACGUUCUGUAAUCACUGGGGCCAUACUUGGGUUCGCCUGUGGUAUCUUUCUGCUAAAGAACCUGAACAGCAGGCUUCUGAGGUGA